CUUCCUUCCUUCACUCCCCAUCAUCCUCUUCCUCUUCUUCUCUCCUUCCCAUCUCAUCAUUUGCCUUAUCCAAAUCAGUAAGCUCCCAUCUUGUCUAGCUGCUCACAUUCCUCUGUUUUCCAUUCUUCUCCACCUAAUUUUUCACUUAGAAUCAGUACAAGAAAACUCAAAAAAAUGGGUAUGCGUGGGAUUUUCUUGGUGACUUUUCUUGCAAUGACCUCCUCUGUUCUUGGGGAUGGUGGUGAAGGUUGGGUAAAUGCUCAUGCCACCUUUUAUGGUGGUGGUGAUGCCUCUGGAACAAUGGGGGGAGCAUGUGGGUAUGGAAAUCUUUACAGCCAAGGGUAUGGUACAAACACUGCAGCUCUGAGUACAGCUCUGUUCAACAAUGGUCUGAGCUGUGGUUCUUGCUAUGAGAUCAAGUGUGUGGAUGACCCCAAAUGGUGCUUGCCUGGAUCCAUUCAAGUCACAGCCACUAAUUUCUGCCCACCCAACAAUGCAUUACCAAACAAUGCAGGGGGCUGGUGCAACCCUCCUCAGCAGCAUUUUGAUCUUUCUCAGCCUGUUUUUCAACACAUUGCUCAAUACAAAGCUGGCAUUGUCCCUGUUUCUUACAGAAGGGUUCCAUGUGGGAGGAAAGGUGGCAUAAGGUUUCAAAUAAAUGGACACUCCUACUUCAACUUGGUAUUGAUAACAAACGUUGGGGGUGCUGGAGAUGUUCAUGCAGUGUCCAUCAAAGGUUCCAGGACAGGAUGGCAAGCCAUGUCAAGAAACUGGGGUCAAAACUGGCAAAGCAACACCUACCUUAAUGGCCAAGCUCUGUCUUUUAAGGUGACAACAAGUGAUGGUAGAACUGUGGUCUCAGACAAUGUUGUCCCAGCUGGUUGGUCCUUUGGCCAAACAUUCACUGGGGCUCAGUUCACCUAGCCACAAAUGCUUCAUCUAAUUUGAAGCUGCUAUGGUUUUAUUUAUUUUCUGCAACUAAUAUUGUCACUAGUAUUAGUAUUGUGACUACUAUUGGUACUUUAUCAGUAUAUUGUAGCUAGGUUUUAUAUGAGAAUGGGCUUAUUUUGAUAGCCCUUCUUCAUAUUAUUAUUGUAAAAGGGUACCCUAGAAAAUGAACUGGGGACCCUUUAAAUCUGUGGCCUUGAUUUGUUUGUGUGGUUGGAGGCAGAAGAUGGCAGCGGUGGACUUAACUUUUUACCACCCGCCUGGAUUGUGUUUGUCAUGGGGUCUCUUUUUUCUACCUGAUUUGUAAUGGUGAUUUACUUAUUAAUGGAAGACUGUUUAUUUGCAGUAGGAAA